AUGUCUAAUCAAAUACCUGUUCUUUAUACAGAGCAAAAAACAAAGAAAGUUAAAAUAUGGCUAGAUGGAUAUUUAGUUCCACGUGCAACAUUAAAUUCGGCACGUUUGAUAUCUGCUGGUAAACAUGAAAUUGAUGUUGUUUUCUAUUCAAGUAUUGAUGAUAUAAAACCUGGAAGAGAAUUUGAAACUGAUCGAUACUUAAUUACUGUUGAAGAAAGUAAUAAUGAUAAUCAACCUUGUCCUCGACCAAGUUUUGCUGUUAAUGAUCCAACAAUGAAAAAUAAACCAAAAUCAGCAGCAUUUGUACCACCACGUUUAGUACCUAAAACAGAACCACCGCCACCGCCACCGCCACCAGUAUCAAUGUCAAUAUUAGAACGACAUAAUCCACAUCAAUGGGGUUAUGCUGGAAUGACAACAGCUAUGAAACGUUCUGUUUAUGAUAAUAAUUCUAGUCAUGUAUCAAAAAUAUCAAAACCUUCUCAUUUUAUUCCACCUACAUUUAAUAAACAUGAAACGAUUCAAUCUGAAGAAUCACAAGAACAAUCAGUUUUAUCAGCAUCUUCUACAUCUAUUCAACAAAAACAACAACCAGGAUUAUUAAAUGAUGCUUUGAUUUCUCGAUUACUAAACAAUACACGAUCUAUUGAAAUUAAGUCUUCUUCUGUUAAACAAUCUCCUCAAAUCUCUUGGUCAACUUGGGAUGAUAAAAAAUCAGAUGAUGAAGAUUGUGAUACAACAUCCUUGUGUCAAAAUGAAAAUAUUCUUGAACAACCACUUCCUACAAAGCAAACAUAUAAUUGGCAUAGUUUAGUCAAAUCAGCAGGUCAACAUCGACAGAUAGAUAAUGAAACAAAAAACUCAGAACCAAUGCCAAAAUUUCAUUUUGAUGAUAGUUCUUUCGAUGCAUUAUUUGAAGAUUGA